AUGGCAGUAGCUGAGGCCAGUAAAGAACUAGUAUGGUUGAAAGCUUUUCUAAAAGAGUUAGGGAAGAAUCAAGCUGACUACCCGUUGUAUAGUGACAAUGAAAGUGCAGUGAAACUUGCAAAGAAUCCUGUUUAUCAUGGGAAGACGAAGCACAUAGGGAUGAGGCAUGAAUCACAAUUGAUCAAAAUAAUUGUUGAUACAGUUUUGGAUAGAUUGACCGUGUUCAUUUCAUGUGUUGAUGAAGACCUUGUUGGAAUGACAACUCGCUUCCAAGAAUUACAACCACUAUUAGACAAUCGGUUAGGUGGUGUGCGCAUGGUUGGGAUAUGGGGGGUUGGGGGUAGCGGUAAGAGUACUCUUGCAUAUUCUCUAUAUAAGAACAUCUCGAAACAAUUUGAUGCUCAUUGCAUCCUAGAGAAUAUUAGAGAGAAAACAAGCAAAUAUGGUUUAGCAAAAUUGCAAGAGAUUAUCUUAGGAGCUCUUUCCAACACAAAGGAAAACAUACAGAGUGUUGGAGAAGGAAAAGACAAAAUAAAAGAUAUGUUAUGUCGUAUGAAGGUGUUACUACUUCUUGAUGAUGUCAGUAGCGUUGACCAACUAGAGGCGUUAGCUGGAAAACAUAGUUGGUUUGGUAGUGGGAGCAGAAUAUUAAUCACUACUAGGGAUGAACAUUUGCUAAGAACACACAAGGUAGGCCACAUCUAUCUUGUCAAAUUAUUAUCAGAUGAUGAGGCUAUCCGACUCUUUAAAAUACAUGCAUAUAAUGAAGAAGUCCCUGUAGAAGAUUAUGAAACUUUAUCAUUACGUGUGGUUUCUUAUGCCGCUGGGCUCCCUUUAGCACUUAAAGUUCUAGGUUCUUUUUUAUACGACAAAAAUAAUAGUGAUGAGUGGAUCGGUACCUUGAAGAAGUUGAAAGAAAUCCCAGAUCAUGAGGUCAUGAAUAUUCUCAAAAUUAGUUAUGACGGACUUGAAACUUACCAGAAAGAAUUAUUCUUGGAUAUUGCAUGUUUUUGGAAUAAGAAGAGUCAACAUGAUGCAGUUGAGAUACUUGAAGCCUGUGGUUAUCACCCUGGAAUAGGUAUAAAGGUGUUGAAACAAAAGGCUCUCAUAAGCAUUGUGGAUGGCAAUUUUGAUAUGCAUGACCUAGUCCAAGAAAUGGGACACUACAUUGUUAGAGGGGAAGGGGUACAUCCUUACAGUCCUGAAAGUUAUAGCAGACUUUGGAAAGAAGAAGACAUUAGAAACUUGUGUUUAGGGGAUGCGAUAAAGGAAAAUUACAAGAUUGAAGCGAUAAAAUAUAAUGGUUAUUUAUAUGAUGGUGGUCAUGAUUUUUCAUCACGCUUCUUUAAGAUUGUUUCAAAAUUGAAGAAAUUAAGGUGGCUUAGGGUGGACAUGCAUGCUAGAAUGUUUGAUGGAGAGCCUACUUUUUUAAAUGAGUUGUGUUAUGCUGAUGGGUAUCCCACAAGUUCAUUCCUAAACAGUUACCCGUUAAUGAACCUUAUCAUUCUAAACUUAAGUUGGAGCACGUAUCAAGAAGUUCGGAAGGAAAAUGACACGAUUAACGCCACAACAUAUAAGGAUUUUGAACCUGUUGUUCUAGAAUUUCCAAGACUAUCAUUAUCGACGCUUCGUUACCUAGAAAUGCAGGAUAGCACGUUAACUGAACUUGGGAAAGGUCGUUGGAAGAGGUGCGUUUUGCUCGAUUCAGAGGUUGGAUCGGAUGAUUGCUUUUGUUCAUAG